AAACCUGGCAACGAAACAGAGCUGUCCUUAAAAUUGGAUAACAACCUGGCAAUUAAUUAUUUAUAAAAAAAACGUCGCGAGUCGCUACCGUCAUGAAUCGCUGGGAAAGAACGUUGUUUUUGGUAAUAAAAUGCGAAAAAGUGGUGUAAUUAGUGAGAGAACUGGAUGAAAAAGAAUUUGUCAAUGAUGGCAGAUCUGGUGGAAAAAAGGCCUAAAGUAGAAUUAACUGAAGAUGACUAUCGAAAACUCCAACUUCAAAUCCAUCGUGCACUUGAAGAUCAAGAACUGAACACUCUCAAGUUCUUAUGCCUUGAUGAAUCUAUUGGACUCCAAUUUGGAACGCUAGAAUCUUGUAAAAAUGGUCUUGAUAUUUUUUCAAAUUUGGAAAAACUCUUGCAUCUUUCUAACAAGAAAUUGGAUCUACUCAUCGAACUCAUGGAUCUCAUACGACGUCCUGAUUUACAAUGCAAAGUAGAAGGAAAAUGUGAUAAUCUAGAAGAGAAAAAGAGGAUAAUAUCCCCUUACAGGAGAAUGGUGCUGGAAUUGACAAAUGUUAUAAGCGAUAAUGAGUUAAAGGAGUUAAAGGAGUCAACAUUGAAAUCAAAGUUAACUUACAACAAAAUUGCAGACAUGCAAAAGCCAAUACAAAUGAUGUAUGCUCUUGAACAGCAGGGUAUCAUAGCACCUAACGAUGUAGAGUACCUGAAUACAAUUUUUGAACAUCUAAACAGAAAAUUGUUUGCAGGUGUAGUAUUGAAGUACCAGCAGGAAGUGUUGAUCGGGAAAUACAAGAUGGACUGCAAGCCACAUGGUUUGUGCAUUAUCAUCAAUAACGUCAAAUUUUCACCUCCUUCAUCAAGCUUAGUUCUUGAAGAACGUAAAGGCUCAGAAAAGGAUAAAGAAAAACUUAAAAAUACAUUCACAGAGCUGGGGUUUACUGUCAAAAUAGAAUCGGACUUAACAGCAGAAGAGAUGAGCACAGUGAUUAAAAAUGCUGCUGAAGAGGACCACUCAAAUUAUGAUGCCUUUGUAUGCUGUAUUCUGUCCCAUGGCAACUAUGGUUUUGUCACUGGUGUUGAUGGUGGUACCUGCAAGAUCAUGGACAUCACCAGACAUCUGUCAUCGUCAAAUUGCCCAAGCCUUGCUUACAAGCCGAAAAUGUUUAUUAUUCAGGCCUGUCAAGGCACCAUACAUGAAGAGAAAGUUAAUAUAAAUAUAAGUAGCACUAGCUUUGAUCAUGACCCAAGGAAGGAGAGUGAAUUCAUACCAGAUGAUGCUGAUUUCUUGUUUGCGUAUUCUACGUGUCCUGGAAGAAAAUCAAAGCUCAAUAUGAAUUCUGGUUCAGCCUACAUAAGUAAGUUGACAGAAGCUUUAAAAAAAUACCACAAAGAUCUUGACAUAUUAAGCAUCCUAACGCUGGUUAACAAAGAAAUGUGUAAUGUUGAUUUUAAAGAAACAAAUAAGCCUACUGGUGUAGUUUAG